AUGACCGACCGACAGGUGCUGGAGCGUCUUCUGGUGCCCGACAAGUACGACUCUAACAUGCGUCCUGAAGCCAAAACGCAAGUCAACGUGAGCAUGCUAAUCCUCAGUCUGGCAUCACCGGACGAAUCCAGUGUCACCUACGAGGUGGGCUUUGUCCUCUUCAUGACCUGGGUCGAUCGGCGGUUGCAGUUCAAAGUGCCCGACGUUCAGAAGGACUUUGCCUACUUGAAUGCACUGAGUCACGCUGAUAAAAUCUGGCGGCCUGAUGCGUACUUCAUUAAACACGGAGAGUUCAAGAAGUCCACCGAUCAGUACGACCCACAGCUGUUUGGGCUGAAGAUCUACAGCAACGGCACCGUCCUCUACACCACCCGACGCAAUAUGAUCAUCAACUGCGAGGGCAACCUGCGCAUCUUUCCCUUUGACAGUCCCAAGUGCUUCUUUGGCAUUGAAUCGGUCUCUCUGGAGAAGGACCAGCUGGAGUUGCAGUGGAGCACCGAGGCACUGCGACCCUUCCACGCCAUCAAAACCAUCAACGCCUACCUGCUUCGCAAUCAGACGAAUCGCUGCAACAAACGGCACACCUGGCGGAAGGACUACUCCUGUCUCAGUGUGCUGCUCAUUUUCUCGCGAGACCUCUCCUUCUACUUCACCACCGUUUUUGUGCCUGGAAUGGUCCUCGUGACCAGUUCCUUCAUCAGCUUCUGGUUGGACGUUAAUGCUGUGCCGGCUCGGGUGAUGAUUUCCAUGACGACUAUGCUCAGCUACUGCACGACAACCAAUAGCUUUCGCUCCAAAUUGCCAGUUGUUUCAGACUUAUACGCGCUCAACCUUUUUGAUUACGUUUCUUUGUUUUUCAUCUACGCCUCGAUGAUUGAGUUUAUCGUCGUCAAUUACAUCUACCGCCACGGCCCGAGCAGCUCCAGAGGCGCCGCAGUGGUCAGUCGGCAAAGUCUCUCCUCACAGGGCGCAGAAGGCGGUUACACCUUCAGCAGAAAGCCGUCCAACUUGGAGGACUGGAUUGAAAAUGAGUUCGAGGCCAUCGACUGA